CCUAAACCCAUCCCACCCAUUCCCUCCUCAUUGGAGAUGGCGUCACUUCGCACACGUUCCUCCCCCGCAUUGCUGUCUCCUGACAUUGCUCGCUCUCCCGUUCCCAUCAUGCAAGACUCCCCACUCUCCGAGACAGCGCGGCACUCCCCAAACACGGUCAUGUACAACCCCCUCACCCUGCCUAUCGCAAGAGGACUUUCUGGCAGACCAGAGCAGCCUCAGAUCUUACCACAUCUACCACGCUGUGAAAAGAUGAGUCACGCAGGGGCAGCCCCCAUUGGAGCCUCAACUGUUCAUGGUAUCCCCAUGGCAACUGUCGUUCCCAGUGUGGUUAGGAACUGGGGAGGGCAUGCCCAGAAUGGCAAUGGUGUGUCUGAAGGUGUUCCCAGCAAUGUGUUCAUGAGACCUUCCUCUGCCUCUGACAUGAUGGGUCUGCUGGCAUCAGCCAGUGUGCUCACCCGCAGGACUCCAACACUGGAGCAGCUGCUGAAGACACCAUCCAUGGUCAACAAGUCGCAGUCUGCACCCAUCCUCAGUACUGCUGCUCCCCAGCCCACCACAACCCCCUCCGCUGUCGCUGCGACAAUUCACCCGAUGGCAGCCCCGAUCCAGAGCAUGGCGACAGUCAGUUCUCCACCAGUGACAAUCUCUAAGCAACUCGCUGAGGCAACCAUGGUUCGACCCAUUGCAGCGUCAUCACAGCACACAGCUCACCCAAUCACGCAAUCUGCCUUCAAGCAUGCAGUUCAGCCUCUCAUGAGCUCUUCCCAGAGUACUGAUGUGGUGGAUGUUCAAGCAGCUACAAUGGCAUCCCUUCCAUUCAGCAAGGAGCCCAUCAUUCAAGGAGCAUCAGGACUGAUGAAAGCUCAUUCAACCUUUGAGCACGCUCCUACCAGAAUGUCCCCCCAAGCAUUGUCAUGCGUACAAGAUUCUCCCACUCGCUCACUGUCACAGGACAUGCCUGGUACAGUCAGAACUCCAAAGAAAGAAGUGCAGUUGGAGGGAGUGGUAUCUAGAAACAAUGAUGUUAAGACCUCUGGCAGUCCCAGUAAGAUACACGAGUCAAGUAAGCUGACAGUACCUGUUUCGUCUCAGCACCCUGUUCUCGCGGUGCCUCCAAUGGUUGUCGAUUCCUCACCCACGCCUAUAGAACGUAACAUAUGGUCCAAGCUGAUGCCCCUGGGGCCUCCCGGAAACAGCCCGAGAAACUUAGCCAACAGCCCUCGCGACGCACGAGAACAGGAGGUGGCAGAGAUUCUCUCCAAUAUGUCCACCCCCCUGGGCUCACCGGCCCCCCCACCCAUGGAGUCCCCAUCCCCCUCCCCUCACCCCAGCAGACCCUCUACUCCACCAACAGAAGGCAGGACAUUGCUUGGGGAGGGAGACACCAAACACAUAGGUGCAUUCCCAUGUUUGGAGAGCAUGCUUCAGAAACCUGCACUGUCCCACUCAGAUAACACACCAGUGGCACCCAAGGUGUCACCCCCAAGUAGAACCGUGUAUGCCGUUCAACAAAGUAAAGUAAAGACUAGGGUCUCGCCUCCUGCUAAAAUCAAGAGCAGCCCAGAGUUCAAGACAAGGACAGGUUUGCCUGUGAAGAUACAAUCCGUCACCGACUUGAAGGUGCAACAACCAGGCUCUCACAAGGAUGCAGACACCAGAAACCGACCAAAGGAGUCAAUCUGUUUGGAUAAACAGCCAAUGACAGCGAUGAAGACAGAAGUGACCGAGGGCAAAGCAGUAAAAGAGCAGGCUAAUGUCUCACCAUUGAGGAUGUCUAGAUCACCACAUUCCCGACCAUCUUCCACCUGUAUCCGAACAACACCAGCCAACAUUGCUGCGAUUUUGUCCAUGAAGUCCAACCUGCCCACACAACGAGCCCUCUACCCCCUGCCAACAUCAAACACAAACACGACCACAAAUUCAGUCUCGCCACCAGGAUUUCCUUUCUCAAAUCUAGGCUUUUCCAUUACCAAAAUUGGUCUCCCAAAUUCUUCCCCAGGCAUUGGACCGCACACCUCAACUCCUACAUCUACAAGCAGUGCACCUUUGACCACAGCGGGAGUUUCACAACCAUUAGACACAAAGUACAGCACGAUUUCUGGACAUAGACCAUCCUGGGCAAGCAAAGUUGUUUUGCAAUCACAGUGUAAAGAAGAAAAUCUGACACAAAGUCAUGACAGAGAUAGAGAAUCCUCAAUAAGGAAAGAGGAAAGAGACGAAAAGGUGGAGGUGCAUCGUUCGACUCCAGAUGUAUCAAAAACUGAACCAAAGUCGGUUGCUGCGUCAGCUGCAGUUUCCUCUAGUACGUCAAGCAACCAAUCAGCUCCCAGUCCUGCACCAGUCACAGAACCAUCUGAAGGGCCAGCAAGUGUGACAUCAUCACCUGAAGCUGUCAUUGUACUGAAUACUACAAGUACGACAAAUGGGUCUGCUAGGAAACCAAGAAAAUUCACAAAAGCAUCAAACAGAGCAAGAAGAAGAGAAGACAGAUUAAAACAAAUUGCAAGCAAAUCACAAAAACCUGCUAAAAGGGUGCCAGAGGAAAAGUCAGAAGGUCCUAGAAGUUUGACUGUUUCUGAAAGGAUGACAUCUGACCAAGAAGAGGACUGUCAACGAGAAAUGUCAGACUAUUCCACAGAUAACAGAAGGGACUCAGAAUCCAGCACUUUCAGUGACACGGCUGACACAAACAUGGAGGGUCUCCAGCACAGGAGGUACGGAAGAAGGUCUGGUCCAUUGUCACGGCGACAGGAGAGAGAGUUCCGGAGGCUGAAGGACUCGGAAGGCUUCGUCCGAGACAAGAAGCCGCCCAAGACUAUGAACCUGUAUGAGGACACAUCCUUACUGGGCAGAGAACAGAGAUACCUUCAGCGUGCUAUGAUGCGGUUCCAGGAGAUGGAGCUAGCAGACAAGGGUCUGCCUGUGGAGGCUGUCGUCAGGAAAACUCCCUCCAGCAGGCCUGUGGGGAUGGGUGUGGGCAGGGGCAGGGGAGGGCGGCACAUCGGUUCACACCACUCGUAUGUCACGGUUCAGCACCAUGGACCAGGGCGGCCGCCAAAGGCAGGGCACCCGCGGGGGCGUAGGAGAGGGAUGUGGCAGCGGGGAGUUGAACGUCCCCGCAAGAUUAAAAGGACUGCUUCCAGAACAUCUGAGUGCAGCAACAAUGCUGAAGAAGCCAGCUGCUCUGACUUGACCAAGGAGUCUGGUGACACCACAACACAACAGCAGAAGACAGCUCUCCCCUCAGACACCAUUGUCAGGAGUACUGGGGCUAAAGAAGAUUCGGAACUGUUUCGUCCUGAGAUGAUCUACAGCAGAAAGAACCAUCUGGUUGUUCGUAAGCCCGGUUUCCAGGACUUCUACCCAACCAUCUUACCCACCAGGACUAGGGGGGUGGCCGCAGCUAAUUUCUCCAAGUAUGCCAGGAAGGCAGGCCAGAGCGGUUCCACAACCAGUAUGAAGAUGGAGGCCCACAGGAGAGCGCGCCGACACUGGGCUCGCAAAGCCGCCGCCGCCGAGAAUAACAAAACUGACGACGAUCCUGAGAAAAGCGGCUUCGUCGACCUCAACAACCUGAAGGUGCGAAUCAACUUGAAGGACCUCUAUCGUUCCAACAUGGCGCAGCAGCGAAAGAAGUUGCUUAAGAAAUGCUGUUCCAGCACAGCGAAUGCCAAGGUCAUUCCCGAACAGAUAGAAGCACAGCUGUCCCCAAAAAUCAAGAUCCAGAAAUGUCUGGUGACAGAAGGACCUUCCUCCAAGGGCAGGUACUUUGCCCGUCGGACUGGAGGUCACCCGGCAUUCACCUACAAGGUCACGUCGUGUAACAUGAGCCCGUCACCUGUCCCAGAAUGCAAAGCAGAGGUUCCGCAGGAGGAGGCCCAGGUGGUCCAGCGAAAGCGGCCCGGUCGGAAGAGGGGGCCUCCAAAAGCACUGAACGAAGACGUGGCAGACUUAUCCAUGAAACCAGGAGGAAAGAGGAAAUACAAGUCCAGACAUCUGGAACCAGAGGAAGAACCAGCCCCCAUUCCUGCAAGAACUAUAGAGGAAGAACUGCCUGUUGUUGAUAUGGAACUGAUUCACAUCAAGCAAGAGCCUCUGAGUGAUGAAGAGACUGUGGAGUACGAUCACCCAGUGGAGGAGGAAGAGGAGGAGGAGAAGGCAGUACCACACCCAGACUUACCUCCAAUGCCACCCGAGAUGAAGAAGCUUCUGAUACAGAAGAGCUCUGGGGAAACUGUCCUGCACCGAGCCUCAAGACUAGGCUAUGAGGAGGUUGUGCGUUACUGCCUGGAGACGCGCUAUGUGGAUGUGAACUCCCAGGACAACGCUGGUUACAGCUCCUUGCACGAGGCCAGCGUUAGGGGCCACAGGGCGAUCGUGCAGGACCUCAUCCUGUUCGGAGGCGACGUGAACUGUAGCGCUCAGGACGGCACAAGACCCAUUCACGACGCAGUUGAGAACGACCAUGUGGAGAUAGUACGGAUGUUACUGAGUUACGGGGCUGACCCGUGUCUGGCCACGUACUCAGGACGUACCAUCUCCUCUCUCUGCCGCAGUGAGAUCAUGGAGAGGUUCAUCACAGAUCAUUUCCGAGACCUGGCAGGUCGGGAAGAGGACGACAGUAAUGAGGGAGCAUGGGAGUUCAGUGGAUCUUGUGCUAUCAUGGAAAACCGAUCUGAGGGGACCGGUAUGGACGUGUUUGCUGAUAUUCCAAAGGAGGAGGAAUCUGAUCCGGAUGAUUUCGAGUUUGAGAUGUCAGAGCGUCCCCAUGUCCCAGCUUACAACCUUCUUAUUAACCUCAGAGAGGGGUGUCGAAACUACCUGCUUGUUGAUGACGUCAUGACCCAUCUGGAGAUUUCACGAGAACAGCUGAUGGCUAAACUGGCCAAUCAGACGCCGGUAUGCAUGAGUAAGAGCAACUUCGUCACACAGAUCUCAGAGAGCCAAGUUACGGAGGUCCCCAGCGGUCUGGUAGCGUGCUCUGGACAAGAGGAACCGUCACGGAGCAGUCCUCCUUUGUCUGCCUCCGACUCAACCUCUCCCGGUGCUGUCCAAGAAAAAGAUCAAGAAGUCCCCGGAGGAACGUCGUUUGCUAAGAACUUCCCCUUUGGGGAACGUAAAGUACCGGAUCAAGUACAGGCUGAAAACAUCUGCAGCAGUUCACAGGGCGACGUCCAAGAAAAACUGAGUACUGAGACCACGCUUCGAUCCUACGACGAUUAUGAAGUGAAUCUGGAGAGAGUAGAUGAAAGAAACUUGUCAGACACUUUGCUGACAAUUGGCGAUUUGAGGGAAGAUGCCCGAAACACAGACGACGACCGUACAACAGAGACGUAUAGGAAGGUAUGUUCUGAAUCUAACCAAGAAAGACAAGACCCCGAACUGCCAGAGCGUGAAAACGUUCAACAAAGUUACUGUGGAAUGGAGAAAGCUGAAACUCUUCAGGUGGCUUUGCCCGAAGACCACAGCUCUCGUGUUUUCGAAAAUGGCAACGAUCAGAAACUCAGCCAACUGUGCAGAAAGGAAGAUAACACAGACGCGGAAGGAAGCCAACGUUUCAGCACCAAGGACAGUGCCACAGGGAGUAAGCUACAAACAACAGACAGUGAGGUCACUCUUGGUGAGGAGGAGAAAAUGGAUAGGACUGAAACAACACAUGGAGAGGUGUGCAUCGCAACCGAAACAUCUUCCGCUGAGGAAGAUCAACAUCGUGAUGCAUCAAAUUGGUCACCAGCUGAAGGAAAGUCGGAAAACGCCGAUUUUGACAGAAGAGACGCUUCUGUUGACGAGGCAUCCCAUGUUGUGUUCGCAGAAGAAAAUGGCAGCAUGGUCGACACACAAAGAAGGACAGAGGAGAAACUGUUUGGGGAUAAUCCUGAGACAAGCUCUAUUUGUGGUUCAAGUGAUGGGAUGCAAAUGAAGAAGACCGCCAUGACAGAGGGUAGUGAGACACUUCAAACUAGCGCCGGUGCGCCGUCUUCAGAUAUUGCGGGGAGUAGUCAUGGACAUACGCAGUCACCUAUUUUGUUUGGGACGGAAAAUCUCAACGUUUGGCUGGAUACAAACAGCAGCAACCAAUCAAAUGAUGACCUCAUGGGCCAAUCAGGACAAGAGCCCGCGGGGAGCCAAUCAGAACGGAGCGCUGAUGUCGACAGUGCGAAUCUAUUGGUAGAGCUCGGAGCCAAUGAAAAUGCGGUACGAAGGGACUCCGUCGUGACAAGGUACUCAGAUGGGAUGGUUUGCAGUUUUGAGACCGCGUCCAGGAAAACCGAAGAACCGGUUGUCGAAUUGUUAGAGUUAACGUCGGGCCUCAAAGAACUUCUUGGGAUUCUUACCGAAAAGCUGUAGGGAGCAAUGGGUCCAGUUGUAACGUUUUCGUCUUAAGUAUUCUGAUGUCUAAAGCAUAUGCAUGUAUUGAUUGGUUAAAGCACAUAGCAAGGAGAAUCAUGUUGUUACAGGAAAGGUGUGCACACAAAUCUUCAUACUUAUAUCUGCUAGCAGGAGUCGCCAUACGUGGUGCGUUUUCGUGAUAUUUCCAGUUCAACGUUUCGCAUCAUCGGUACUGGCGAAUAGUUGUACAUGGCUGCUUUGCAUUCACCGCCCUUAUACUAUAUAACGUGUAUAUUUUUGCUGUGUUAAUUCCAAGUUGGUUUUCAGCUGUAAAUAUUUGCGGUUGGUGUUUUGUUUGUUUUUUCCUGGGCGGUGGUGCUGUACAAAGAUUGUACAUAUGAUUAUUGGGAAAGGUAAAUCAGACACGGUACCAUAUUAGAAAGAAAGAGUACAUAAUGUAAAGAUUUCUAUGAGAGAAUUUUUGACUGAGAAUAUAAGAUAAAGCUAUCGUUCCUGUUUAGAGCGCAGUCUUCCGUGGGAUUCAACUGUGAUUCGUAGCUUCCAUGGGAAAGCAGAGCUUAUAUAUUGUUACAGUUGUGAGUACGCAUUACAAUCAGACAAUAAAUAACACAUACUUACCAGC